UGAGGCUGAAUGAGUCUAUUUUUUUAACUUGAUUUAACAUAGAAUUUCGGCACGAAUCUGGGCCAUUUCUGCUCUAAUAUGAAAGUAAAAGUGCUUUCCCGUAAUCCGGCUGAUUAUAUACGCGAAUGUAAGUCGGAUAUUCAUAAGAUCCCGAGAAAUAUCGACCCAAGUUUGCAUCCGUUUGAGGGGGCUCGGGAGUACACGAGGGCAUUGAAUGCUGCUAAACUCGAGCGUGUGUUUGCUAAGCCGUUUGUUGGAUCUCUCGAUGGACACACUGAUGGUGUUAACUGCAUGGCAAAGUUUCAGAAAAGCCUGUCGUUGCUGCUGAGCGGCUCUUGUAAUGGAGAGGUGAAAUUAUGGAAUCUUCCUAAGAAAGAAUGCAUAAGAUCUUAUGCUGCUCAUAGCGGAUUCGUAAGAGGUCUAGCUGUUGUGCCGACAGGAGAAAUCUUUAUCUCUGUUGGUGAUGACAAGUUGAUUAAACAUUGGAGUUGGAAGCAAGAUAGUUCAACAAAAUCCAGCCAUUUAGUUCACACCAUUGUAGGAAAAACAAUGUUUCAAGGUGUUGAUCAUCACUGGAAAGACAACGUGUACGCCACAUGUGGUGAUCAGGUUGACAUUUGGCACGAAGACAGAUCAGAACCCGUCAGAUCAUUUCAAUGGGGCGUGGAUACAGUUCAUAGCGUGAAAUUCAAUCCAGUUGAGACAAAUCUCCUGGCAAGCACAGCAUCUGACCGUGGCGUUGUGUUAUAUGAUAUUCGUGGAGCCACACCCUUACGUAAGCUUCUGAUGAAGAUGCGCAGUAACACGGUGGCCUGGAAUCCAAUGGAGGCCUUCAAUUUCACUGUGGCAAACGAGGACUCAAAUCUUUACACGUACGACAUGCGACGUCUGGACUUCGCUGUCAGCGUCCAUCGAGAUCACGUUGCUGCAGUACUUGAUGUAGAUUACUCCCCCACCGGUCAGGAAUUUGUAUCUGGCAGUUUUGAUAAAACGAUCAGAAUAUUUCCUUAUAAUCAAGGUCACAGCAGGGAGGUUUAUCAUACAAAAAGGAUGCAACGCGUCUUUUGCGUCAAGUGGAGUCCUGAUGCCGAGUUUGUUUUGUCUGGUAGUGACGAAAUGAACGUGAGAAUUUGGAAAGCCGAAGCAUCUGCAAAACUUGGCCCGCUUGCCCCGCGCCAAAAGGCUGCCUUGACUUACAACAAGAAACUAAAAGAACGAUAUAAAUUUCAUCCACAAGUUUUGAGAAUUUUACGACAUCGUCAUGUACCUUCUGCUAUUUACAAGGCAGCCAGAGAGAAAAGAAUUAUGUUGCAAUCCCGUAAAACUAGGGAGGAAAAUCGUCGUCUUCACAGUGCCGAAGGAAAGGUUCCGUACGUUGCUGAGAGGAAGAAACAUAUUGUAUCAGUGGUGGAGUGAUUGUUGGAUCAGGGUGUCAACGGAUAUCAGGGUAUUGUAUGACGUAUCAGGAAGGAUAGUGAGGGAUUAAUCAUGUGCAUGGGUGAUUUACUCGUGGGAAGUAUAUUGACGCCGGAUCUCGACAAUGCGCGGGAAAAGAAUCAAUGUCUAAUUUUGAUGAAAGCAACUCAAACCACACCACACAUUCAAACCUUUUGCGUGUCACGUCAGCAAA